AUGGCAUCGGGACAGCCACCUUUGCAAACACACCCUAACCACCUCGAUCCCAGCGAGUUGGGAACAAAGGACUGGGACAGAUACUACCAAAACGACCUGGACAACGGGUAUGACUCGGGCGAUGAGACCAACGCUCUCGAUGAAGACGAAGAAGACUCCAACGACCAUGCGCCCCCCAAUCCGUCCGAACUGGAAUCAUGGUUCGACGACGUCGGCGCACCGGCCAAGACACUGGCAUAUCUGACUGAUGCAUCGUUCCCGUUGUCACCGGCGUACUUGUCGAGACACGACGUCACCACCAGCCGCAACCCAACAGUCCUAGACCUCGGCACGGGCAACGGCAGCGCGCUGUUCUCGCUGCGUCGCGACGGCGGAUAUCGCGGGCGCAUGCUCGGCGUGGAUUAUUCGCGGCCGAGUGUCGACUUGGCACGACGCUUGUGGCGACAGUAUCAGUUUUCGGAUCGGGAGACAGCUGCAACCGGUGAGGGUGAGAGUGAGACGAUCAGCUUCGAGACCAUGGAUUUGAUCCACGAUGACCCGAACUCCGGCUCGUCUCUGUUGCCGUGGUGGCCGAAUGAAGCGGGUGGGUUCGAUCUCGUCCUUGACAAGGGCACGUUUGAUGCGAUUUCGCUUUCGUCCGCGACCGUGCAUGAACCCCCGGUGGGUGCGGGUACGGGAGUGGAGAGGCGCGUAUGUGAGUUGUACCCCGCGAAAGUGGCACGGAUGGUUAGGCCUGGUGGGUUCUUGCUGGUGACGAGUUGUAACUGGACGGAGGAGGAGGUCGUGAAAUGGUUUACGGUGGGAGAGGGACUCGAUGGAGGUGGCGGCGGCGGGGUUGGUCUGGAGAUCUACGGUCGGAUCAAAUACCCUGUCUUUCAGUUUGGAGGCCAGAAGGGCCAGGGCGUUGCGAGUGUUUGUUUUAGGAGGGUGGAUGGAUUAUGA